GUAGACCUAAGUAUUUCCCCCAAGUUUAAUAAACACAUUUGAGGAAGACGUUAAGGCGCCAUGUUUUUAUAUUCUAAUCUUAUCACACGGAAGCUUGUAACUUAGAAUUAUUUUUCUACUCAUAUAAUCUGUCUAGAUCUAAUUACUAUACUUUAGGAAAUGGAUAUAUUGUUCACAUUGGUUUUUGAACUGUUACUUGUUGCAGUUUCAGCCCAGCAAUCCAUUGUGAGUCAACUACAAUAUUCAUCUGGUGAUACCUUUAACAUAACUUGUGAUGCCUCAAGAUUUAGUGGGUUAAAAACUGAGGAUUAUUUCUUGUCAAUGUCUAUGUGGAGACAAGUGUCACCCCAAGCUGCUUUUAUAAAUAUUGCAUCAUAUGAGCCACUGGCUAAGUUAAACACUACAAAAAAUGUUUCAUCUCAAUGGCAAGUUAAUUUCUCUGGUGGUGAAGGUUACUCAAAUAGAAACAUAAUGAAGAUUGUUGUAACUGUGGUCAACUAUCAAUGUACAGACGCAGGACUUUAUAAAUGCCAAGCUGUCAUGCCAUCUCCCAUUACUACUUAUGAAACAACGCCUGUCAAUUUAACUGCCAAAGUUGGUAUAACUCAGAAUAAUAUUUCUAUGGCUCCACACAAUCAAGCAGAUGGAACAGAUGAAAAUUCUUCAGUAAAUAGUGUUGGAGAAGAGAUUUCUAUGACUUGCACGUUCACUGGUCCUGCAAAUUUGCAAGCAGUUUGGAAACGCAAUGACGAAGACUAUCCAUAUCCAAAUAAUAUCACUAAUUCUAACCCAUCAUCAUCUGUUGUUUCUGGCUGCAACAUUUAUACGUAUUCAUCCGAGUUGAAAUUUACACUUGAAGAAAGUGACAGUGGCUAUACAUACAUUUGUGUUGUUACGGAAGGAAAUAUUGAACGGAGCAGAAAAAUGUUUACUAUAGAAGUUAAAUCAACUCCUGAUGAUAAUGGAAAUACUGGGUCCAAUACAGCUGGUGCUGAAAUCAAUGUUGGUGCCAUAGUUGGUGGAGUUAUUGGUGGAGUUGUUUUCUUAGUAAUCGUUGUGGUUCUCAUCUACUUUUUUGUAAUUCGCAAAAGAAUGGAUAAGAAUGAUGAUGAUAGUCACAGAAAAAAUGUUGAAGCUACGGAUAAUGGCAAAGAUAACUUAAGUCCACCACCCGUUUUCUACUCCAAGCCUCAUAAGCCACCUAAAGAUGACAGUGAUGGAUCGAGGCCAGUUGGUAUGACCAAUGAAGGACUGGACACAUCGUAUGAUUCAAAGGACUUGAAGGGCCCACCACAGUACACCAACACUGUUGAUGACUAUGAACCCCCACGCUAUGAGAAGGAAACACACAGGGGACGCGCCAACAAGGCUUAUGAAGAGGAAAAGGAGGAGAAGAGUGAAGGUCGUGGCCGCAGAAACCGUCACAGGGACCGUGAAGAAAAUGAUGAGCCAAAGGACCGCAGCAAAGACAGGGAAGAUCGCAGAAGCAGACAUCGUGGUGAUCGUGAGGGUGAACCCAGAGGUCGCCAUUACAGCACUGAUGAUGGUACAGACAACCGCUAUAACUUUGACCCCAGCUAUGGUGACCCUAACAUGGGCACCUCCAUCUAAGGGAGUGGCCAGAAUGGGGAUUACCUUGGCAAUUGAAGGUUAUUUCUCCUUACAUUGUCAUCUAAUAGAGUAUUGUUGAAAGUACAAACGAUUAUAAUUCAGUUGUUUGACUUUGUACAAUAAUUAAAUGAUCAAUAAAAAGUAUGUCACCCUGAUGUAAUGAUCAACUGUUUAAUUUGGUUUUAAAUUUAAUGAGAUCCCAUAAGGCCUGAAUUCUUAAUAUUCCAACUUUUUUUGUAUAAACCAGGCAACAUGUCCCCAAUGCCUUUUUAUUUUACUAGUGAUCUAGGCCUCUAUGUUUUUAAGUAGAAUAUAUUUUUUAACAACAAAAUGUUUAUUAGUGAAAAAUUUUAAUUGUUUUCAAUAUGUUUACUUAAAAAUAUGACCAUCAAGUUUUGAACAUUACAUAUUUUUACAUUAAAACUUGUGGCUAUUUUUUAUUUUUUUUAAAUUUUGGAAAAAAAAAUAUUUUGAGAUUAUUUGAGAGAUGCCAGUUACUCAAUGGACCUCAUUCCCCAAUCGUAAACAAACAACAUUAAGCCAGGUGAUUCUCUAUCUCUGCGGUUCUCAACCUUUUUAGCUCCACAACCCUUAAUGCAACUUUUCACUUGAAGGCGACCCUCAACCAUAAAAAAAAAUUAGUCAUAGGUCAAGGUAAUUGUGAUUGUGAUUUAGCUAAUAUUAUAAAAUGGUUAUCAAAUUGCAUAUAACUAAUAUCCAUGAAGUUAAUUUAAUUGUUAGAAACGAUUCAUAUUUAUUUAGUGUAAAAUAAAUUAGUGCUUAAAUUUUUAAAAAGCAUAUAUAUGACUUUCAUUUAUUUAUUUUUCUAUUACGUGUUUCUAAUAUUCACGUUACAUACAUAAUUUACAAUUUAAAAAGUAUUACUUAUCAUGGAAAACGUGGCCACAGUAGUUUCAAAUGUGCCAAAGUUAUUGCAAAAGUUGAGCUUGUUUUUAUUUCACUAGAUUAAGGAUUUACAUUUUCUGCAUCAAGAUUUUUUCUGUAUUUAUACUCGAUAACUGACAGGCAUAAAAUUUAAAAAAACAUGUUUCACAAAGAUACAGUGUUGGAAGUCUCGAAAAAAUCUCAUAUAGAGCAGAAUGACUGCAAACAAUUGAUGCAGAAUUGUGUAACUGACAUUGAAGAGAAAUAUUUAGAUGCAUUGCUAUUGACAUUGCUAAUAUAUGUGAAUGAAUCAUUCAGUAAGUUAAGAUGGAUACUUAUGGCGACUCAUUAUUCUGUACCAAAUAUAAGACAUCCAGACCGACAUCCAAGCAUACUUAGAGCACCACCUGUGCAGACACCACAAAUAUUUUCCCAAGAAAUCUUUUACUUUUCAGAUUUAACCAACUUUGUCAAUUAUAUCAGGUGUGUUAGAGGUUGUUUAUAGAGGUUUGAAUAGAAACUAAUCUUUAAAAUUGACAUUAUGUAUAUAUCUUAAGUAUACCACCUAUUAAUUAUGAACAAUUGACAAACACCUGUGGAUUCAUAGAGCUGAAUGCUAAAUAAUGUAAAAGUAGCAGACAUCAUUUGCUUAAUAUCAGAAGGCAUGUCAACUAAUCUCCUGUGAAUAGUGUCAUUAGGUAUGCAAAUUGCAUAACUCUGGCAAUUCUGAGAGCCACCAAAGAAGAAGAUUCAUAGGCUGAUAUGUUUAAUUAUGGUACUUGCCACCUGACUCUAAACUAAACUACUAAAUGUCGUUAUCGGCAAAGCUCGGAUGUUUGUUCGGCCUCAAUACAUACAGCAGAUAGAACUUCAUUACAAAUGGUGCAUCGGGGUUUCUGAAUUCCUGCUUGGACUAUUGAAGUAAAACUAUACAGAAAAAACAAAUCAUUUUCUUUUAUUAAUUUUCUUUAGUUUCAACUCAGUGUUCAUGACUUGUUCCAUAUGAAUUUUUUUCUUUGACUUUAAUAGGAUGGCAUAUUAUUAAUUAAAUUUUCUUCACAACAUGAUUAGAUCUUCACUAGAGAAAUGUUUGAUCCAGCAAGAAUGUUUUGACACAUUGUUGGACAGUAAAUUCAUUUGUUGAAAAAUGUAUUCUGCAACAACGCAGAUGUGUUCUGCAACAUCUAUUUUUGAAUGACAAUUAUAUUUAAAAAAAAAGAAAAACAAAGAAUAUCAAUAAAAAAAAAUGUGUAUACUUUCAAACAAUGAUGUUACAUUCACUAAAAGUGCCCUCUGAUCCUCUUGCAAUAUGUCCGUGUUUAAUUUGUCACCCCCACUUUUUAUUUUCAUUGAAGCUUGAUGAUCGUUUCAUAAUUUGUUUGGUAAUAAUGCAAUUUGAGUAAUUUCCAUCUUACUAUCCAUACCAAUGCAAAUCUAUAUCCACUAUGGUAGGCCUACUUAUAUGCUUGUUACAACACAUUUGAAAAAAAAAAAAAUACUUAUGAUAAAAAAUUGCCAGAAAAAAGAUUUUUUUUUCAUUGUUUUAUCAAUUUUAUCACGUGGCUAAAUGUUGUUUGUUUGUGAUUGUUGAAUGAGGUCCAUUCUAUCUCUUACAAGCUUUGCUCUGAGAUUUAUAGUAACCCUAACUUUUUUAAAAUUCUUUCAUGUCAUACCUUAAUAAACAUUCCAUCCUUAUUUUCUUACACCAUUUUUUUUAUUUUGUAACUUGAGGAAAAUGUAACUUUUUGAAUAUACAAAGUUACCUAUUGCAGUUACCUGUAAAUAACCAUGUAUAAAAUACCCCACAUUCAUUAUCAAAACAUAUAUUCAGCUGAUUUCCUUUAUACUUUCUUUUUUUCUUUCUGUAUAUAUAUAUAUUUGUUCAACUAUAAUUAUCAAUUAUAUAGCAGAAAAUAUUUUUGUGAGCAUAAUCUUUUGUACAUAAUGUCAUGAGUGAUUACACAAAAAUACAAGUACAUUCUAGUUUAUUAUGUAAUUUCUCAGUGCCACUUCAUUACCCAGGAAAAUAAAGAUUUGAGUUGUGUUUUUAUUUAGAAAUCCUUGCCUCCCUACAUUUUCUUCAGCUUGUGAGAAACAUUUUCCUGUUGAAGAACAGUGUUAAUAUAUGACAAAUGUUUUUCAACGAUUGCCUAUGUCCAAAUGUUCAUCUUGAAGAUACAACAUUCCUUUUGUGUUGCUUGUGUUCCAGCUGCUGGAAUCAUUUACAUAUCAAAAAAUAUUUAUUUAAAAAAAACAAUUAUUUUGAGAGGUUAGUUGAAGUAGUUAUAUUUUUUUUUUGUAAGGCUUGGCCUUUUGUUUGAAAUUAUUCAUCACCAGAGUCAUGUUUUUAUAAUUACCUAAAGUUGGUGUGGUUAUAGUUAUAGAUUCUGAAUAUCAAAGUUUAUACUUUAGGUUUUGAUGUACAUUUAAUGUAGAUGUAAACCUCAACCCUGAUGUUUCUUUAUUGGCCUACUCUUACCAUUUAGCUAAAUAGUUGAACAACCAUGACAUAGCCAUGUUUUAUUCUCUUUUUUUUUGUUUUAUGAAUUGUAUUAAUUGUAGUCUCUGUAUGUUCAAGCUAGAAUUUUGUCCCUUACUUACUUAGACUUAGGCAUAGAUCCUUCCAUGCUGUUCAGGUUAUUGUCCAGCAAGCUGUUUCCAUAGUCAUUAGUCAUCACUGGCAAUGUCUGCAGACUCUUCCCAGCAGAUGUCCACUGUUCUAAGGUCAUGAUGUCAAGUUAUAUAAGGACGUCCCUGUUUGUGCUUUCCUCGUCAAGGCCUCCUUGUCAUUGCAAAUUUUGUGAUGCAUGAUUAUUCUGUCAGAGUUCAUGUCCUGAAAUCUUACACGACACUUGGUCACAACCUCAUUAAGUGGCGAAGUGCCACUUAAUUAACACUAAGAUUUCUGUUUAUGACCCAAUCUCUGUAGCUAUGGUUAGCCUUUUCUCAAUUUUGGCAGAGGACUUCCAUGCUUCACAUGCAUACAUUGCUGUUGGGAUAACAUCUGUGUUUAAUAGGUGGAUUUUUUGUCUAAAGACCAAUAGUUCAGCUUGUCCAAAUAGGCCAUAACCUUUAAAAGAUGACCUUUGCCUUUCCCCCUUAUGUUAAGAUAAAAAGGUUUGCUGGGAAUACAUUUAUAGUCCCCACAUAAAUUUAGAUGCGCCUGAUAAGUCUUUUUCUACUUGUGAAAAUAUUAAAUAAAACUGUUUAAUUUUUAAUGUUUCAAGACUUUUGGCUAUAUACCAUUGCUCCUUUAUUAUGUUACUAAUAGUAGAAAAUUGGUGCAUGAAAGAGAAACUGUGUCAUUUUAUGUUUUGCAUUAUAGAUAUUUCUAAAGGCUGUAGCAUUUAUUAGAUCUGUGCACCUGUUGAGUCUUUUUCUUCAAAAUGUUUCAGUUGUAUUUUUCUCUCACAGUUGAAUAAGCUUUGUCCAAUACCACUUUUUUUUUCAAGUUGUUAUUACAAUUUCUGUUUAUAGUUUACAUUUUGUGUAGAUAAUAUGUCAAGGGAAAACAGUGAUAUGCCAUUACACAAAUUAAUGUAUCUUUUUUUAGUACAUAUCUUAACCCUGUUAGAUUUUAAAUAUAAUUUGGUCUUAGAAAUAUAAAUUAGGGUUUAGGAAAUAUUAAAUUUUGUUUUUUAAAAACUUUUAUGUGUGUUUUUAUCAUAUCAACAUAGUUUUUUUUUGUUUUUUUUAAUAUAUUAAUAUCCAAAACACCUCAUUAAUUAUUCACAUUUUUUUAUUUUUUGAUUGUAUUUAAAAUUGACCUAAAGUAGCUCAAUAAAAAAAACAAUUUUAAAUGAAAAGUUUUUCUUGAUUGCUUUCCAUGCUUUAUCUUAUUUGGUUACAUUUGUGACAGCACUCAUCUUGAGAAACCUUCUUGUUUCUUUUGAGCCACUUCUGUUUCUCUUGGUUGUGCUGUGUUAUAUUACCAACAGAGAGACAUUAAGUUAUGCAAAAACUAAAUCCUGCAAGAAAGCCAAAUAAAAUGUAUUUUGUUUUUGUAAAGAUAUCUCUUUCUUUGUAUGGUAAUUAACAUUUUUAAAACCUAUGAAAGCCAUUUUUUUUUUCUACUUCUUGUUACUUGUUUGUUUUGUUUUUUUUUUUUCUUAACUUUUUUCAAUUUCUCUCAUUGCUACAUUUUGCUUUGUUGACAGCGCAGUACAUUAUUUUUGUUUCAUUUAAUCCUAAAGUUUAACUGUUCAUUUUUUUUACCAUUAAAUGUUCAUGUAUAUGUUAAUAGGCCAUUUGUUAAUGAGCUUGUAAUUUUUUUGUUAAACUUAAGGGUUGAGUAUCAACACAUUAUGGAAUCAUCCUUCAGUUUCAGCAUCUCUUUAGCUCCUGCUCCCCUCUAAGGAUGCAUCUUCCCCUAAGUUUAUUCAGGAUCUUCAACCCAUUAUUUUUUUUAAUCUACCUUAAUCAUUCAUAAUGUUACUACUGCCUUUGGGUUUACCAAGUUUCCAAGUUCUGAAUAGUGCAGCAUUACUAUGUGCUGUUUUCAUUUGUUCAAAAGUUUUAUUGGUUGUGUGGUAUGUGCUUUGGAAAGUCAUCACAAUGAUCUAGAGUUCCAACCUUGUCCAUUGUCAAUCCCUGACAUCAUCCAGCAAGAGGUUUAGAUUACAACAUAAUCAAUAAUCUUCACUUUCUGGAACAUUUAAAACUUGUACAAUUUUUUGUUAAAAUGGUUGAAGGUUUUGGGCUUAGGAUUAAUGAGAAAUAUUUUUAGCCUCCAAUCUUGCUAUCAAAUAAGGUAUUCUCAACCUACCCACAUAGAGCUCAAUCUCAUAGAACUUUUAAAAUGCUUGCUAGAAAACCAAAGUCAAUUGUCAAUAAAAAAUUAAUACAUUGAUGAGGGUAAGGUUUUGAAAACUUGGCUGUUUCAGAGAAGUAACCUAACUAUAUUUCACUAAAUAUUGAAACUGUCCAUUGUUCAGUUUGGGACAACAAUAACAGUUUAUCAUGUUACAAGUAUAAUAGUGCCCCUAUCAGACCUUGUGACCUAUGGGGCAGAUGAUGUAAAGGUCAUCUGUUUCAUGCCCCACGGUUAAUGUGUGUGGCCAGCACAAUGACCAACCGCCUUUCUAUUCCCCAACUAAUGUCAUUAGAGCAGGGUGGACUCAGAGAUGCCCUAAAGAUUCCAAAAUUAAAAAUCCCAGGAUUCGAACCUGGGACCCCUUGGUUUGGAAGCCAAGCACUUCACCACUCAGCCACCUCGCCUCCUGUUACAAGUAUACACUGAUGAUAAUAUAUUGUAAUAUAAUUGUCAGUACAUUGUAUUCAUAAAUGAUCUGAACUUUUCUCUAAAGUAGCAUUAUGUUAAAAAAACUCAACUUUAAAAAUAAAAGUCACAAAUGAAAAUGCUCUUUGAACCUGGGUGUUCUCAUUGGCUGGACAUUGCAAGAACUUCUAGUUCAAACCUUUCACCCCAUGUUAUAUAGUCACCUCAAUAUAAAGGAUGUUCCUGUGUGCUACAUUUCAUGAGUUAAGAUCAGGCUUAGGAAAGCAAAUGUAGGAAAGGUUUUGAAAUGUCAUAGUACAUAGUUUUAAUUAUUGAAUAAACUACAUAAUUAGUUUAGCCAGUUUUACUAGAGAAAGAUGACUCUUUAGAGAAAUGACGUGUGGAAGGGAACUUGACAAAAGAGCAUAAUUAAAGGACUUGUUUAAUACGUUGUGUCCUACUCUCUAUCUUGUAACUAACUGGACAUCAAGGCCUAUAUAUAGAUCUAGUACCAGUAAUUAAAUCUUGGAAGAUGUAGCCAUGUGUUACGUAUUCUGAAAUGUUAAGCUAGUAUUUUUUUUUAACAGUGAUAACUUUUUCUCUCAUUAAAUUGAUGUAUUUUGUUAUAAUACUGUUACAUUUUUGUUAUGUUAUUAACAUGUCCAAUGCAUCUCUAUAAUAAGGUUAACAUUGUUACUUACAUAGUGUAAACCUGCCAACUGCAGUCAUUCCAUUUUCAAGAUAUUUUGAUGAAGAACAAUGAGGUGUUGAUUGUAAUUGAAUUUUAUUAUCACUAAAAUGUAAUCACAUUUUCAACAUAUCAACUUCUAUUUUAUUGUGAAAUAAACUUAUAUUAACCAA